CCCCAUUUGUUGGGUCAAACAGCCAGAAACCCACCCGAAACUUUAACUGUCUUCCAAAUCUUUUUCGUCUCUGUGCUGGUCCCCCCCCCAAAACCAACCAUACGAUUUCCCCCGAGCUCCCCUAAUUCCCCCGCCCCCUCAGCAGCCCCCCGCUACCGUCGUCCACCUGACCCGGCCCACCCCCCGCUUUCCGAGCUGGCGUGGCGACGCAAACUCACAAAUAUUUACUUUCUGUACAUCAAAAAGAAAGGGGGCCCCCCUUUUGUGGAAUGUGGCAACAUGGGCGUGUUUGACCGCGGAGUUCAGAUGCUGCUGACCACGGUGGGGGCCUUUGCUGCCUUCAGCCUCAUGACUAUUGCUGUGGGGACAGACUACUGGCUGUACUCGCGUGGCGUCUGCAAGAUAAAGAGCACCAAUGAGAACGAGACAAGCAAGAAAAACGAGGAGGUAAUGACGCACUCGGGCCUCUGGAGGACGUGCUGCCUGGAAGGUUCUUUUAAGGGAAUGUGCAAGCAGAUAGACCACUUCCCAGAGGAUGCUGACUAUGAGGCAGAUGCUUCAGAAUACUUCCUACGUGCCGUACGGGCCUCCAGCAUCUUUCCCAUCCUAAGUGUGAUCCUUCUCUUCAUGGGGGGGCUCUGUAUUGCCGCCAGCGAAUUCUACAAGUCACGCCACAACAUCAUCCUCAGUGCCGGCAUCCUGUUCGUCUCUGCAGGCCUGAGCAACAUUAUAGGAAUCAUUGUAUAUAUAUCAGCCAACGCCGGUGACCCUUCAAAGAGUGACUCCAAGAAGAACAGCUACUCCUAUGGCUGGUCUUUUUACUUCGGUGCCCUCUCCUUCAUCAUGGCCGAGAUGGUGGGUGUGUUAGCAGUGCACAUGUUCAUUGACCGCCACAGGGAGCUGCGAGUUGGAGCACGAGCUGCAGACUACCUCCAAGGUGCUGCCAUCACGCGCAUCCCGAGCUACCGUUAUCGCUACCGACGCCGUUCGCGCUCUUCAUCCCGCUCAACGGAUCCCUCGCACUCCCGCGAGGCCUCUCCGGUGGGUCUGAAGGCCUUCGGGACACUGCCUUCCACCGAGCUGUCUAUGUACACGCUGCCUAAGGGCCAAACGGGCACCCCAACAGCGACCUAUAACUCUACGGAAAGGGACCACAACUUCCUACAGGUCCAUAACUGCGUCCAGAAGGACCUCAAAGACUCAGCAGCCAACCGGCGCACUACACCUGUAUGAAAAAGAAGACGAACCAUAGAUUCUGGGGUAGGGUAGCAAAUGAAAAAUGAUAAGGUAAAGUAAAAGAAAAGAGCUGAAAGGUGAGGAUGAACAGAAUAGACUGGCAAGCAAGGGAGAAAUGGGGGCGGGGGGGGUGAGGUUCUGAGCGCUUCAGAAGACCUCAGAUAAUCACUGAGCUUCUGGUUAAAAGAAAAAAAAAAGAAAAAGAGAAAAGAAGUAAAAUUGCAUAAAAAAAGAAACAUGCAUGAUUUUCCCAUGAACAAUGUUUAAAAUGUUUUAAACAUGUUUGAGGGGGGUGAUAAAUCAGGAGGGGGGUGUCUGGGCUCUGUGGCUGUCUCAGGGCUAUGGAUCCAUGGAGUGAUAGGCUGGGCCAGACUGCCUUCAAAAAGGUGACUUUUUCUGCUGUGUUUUCUUUUUUUUUUUCCUAAUUUAGAUGAAUUGGGUGCACAGUUUGCCCCUUUGGCCCAGCCUAUGAAACUGCCCUUGCACUGUCAUACCACAUGCCCUCUUACACACACACCGUGAACUCCCAUACACCCCGCUCCUUUGUUUAGUUGCUGUUUCCUCUUGAUUUCAUUCUUUAUUCGCAUUAAACUGUGAACCACUGCGGUUUGGGAUUCAAGCAGGGAGCUAUUCAGGCCGCAAAACAAGGAAAAAUAACAUAAGUUACCAUAUGUACUGAUUAUAUAUAAAUAUAUAUGUUACUAUAUCAUGACUAGCCUUCCCUGGUGCAAAAAAUAUCCAUAAGGAGAAAAAAAAAGUAGCUCAGGAGCUACUGUAGUAAAACUAAAGUCAUCAUGCAAACUGAAACCAAGAUGCAGGAUUCAGUUGGACUUUUGCCUAUUCAAUAGAAAUUGGUUAGUAUUAGAAACAGUAUCACAUUUUUUAUGAAAAUAAAAAAAAAAAACAUUUUUGGAAGUCCACCAAAAGAAAACCUGGCAGCCAUAUUUGUUCAGAGUUAACAGGUGAAAUGUUGACCUUUUUUUGUUGUCGUUUCUCUUUUUUUUUUCUUAUUUAUUAAUGUAUCUAUUUAUUCAUUUAUUUUUGGCCCCUCAAAGGGGUACAGAGGAACAGAGCUGUGGGAAAGGAGUAAAAUUUCUCUGCAAACUUGAAGACGACUGUGGACAAUGAAACGCCACUACUGCCAAAGACACAAGGUAGUGCGUGAGAGAACACAGCUACCAGCGAGCUGACGUGAAGUGACUCCAAAAAAAAGAAAAAGAAGUAUCAAUUUACAUGCAUGCUGAUCAAAAAUCAUCAAAUCUGCUUUUAAGGAAACCUAUCUUUUUGAACAAUUAGACAAUGGUACAAUGUAAGGGCAGGGGAAAAAUAGAAAUAACUGUUACAGUACUGUGUCUCUUCCAUUGUUCUUCCUGUUUUUGGGAUGGUCAGGGGUUUGAGCUCGGGGCUUCGUUUUGGUUGGAACAAAAACAAAACUUUGGAAAACGUAUCAAGGCUAUUUUUUAAGAGAAGAAAAUCUUGCCUUUUGUUUCAUAUUUUCACAGAUAAGUUAAACUCAGAUACAGCCUUAGUCUUUCUUUUUUUUUUCUUUAUCUCAGUUCUCUUGCUUCUUUGGUUUAACAUUGUGUUGUCGUAAAUGAGAAUAUAUAUUUAAAAAAAAAAAGCCUAAUAUCUUUCAGGGUGCCAAAACUGAAUGAUUCUGAACUUGGAUGCUUCAAGUCCUGAUGACGAAUAAAAAUUCACCCCUCCCCUGUAAGAAACUGAA